AUGUGGCCUACACUGAAGCUUCUUCUUCCCUGUCUGGCCGCCGUGGCCAGCGCCGCGUCAGCACCGACCGAUGGAUCCAUAAUCCUACUCGAUGCACAGCAAGCUACUACAUCUGCCAUUGCCAGGGAUGUGGUUCAAGAAGACAUUGCGAGAUUGUUCCUGCAGCAACGCAUUUUAUCCACCGAGACCGCCACGCCUCCCAACAAGCUACUUCUCACGAGCUCUGUUCUAGAGCUACUGAACAUAUAUGGAGGAAAUCAGUAUAGUCUUUUCCAAGAUGUGCCCAUUAGCGAGCAGCAGAAACUCCUUGUCGUGGUGGAGGGAAUCGUGAAAGAUAAUACCGCCGUUACCCCCAAGAACACGAACAACGCAUUGAACAUGCGUUCAGUCUCUCCAGACUUCGUCGAUAGCACCUUCAUGGAUACCGUCUCUGAAUGGAAACAUUGCGGAUACGAAGCUAAGACGAAUAGUGACGUUCAGGAGCUUCAAAGCUGUCUAAAUCAACACCCAACCUUCAUCGGCUCCCCUCAGAAGCCAAUUACUCAAUUACUAGAAGGAUUGCCUUUGUCGUCACUUGAAGCUUGGUCCGAUGCCGCUGGCAGCAGAGAAAUUCUUAGACUGCGAUUCAACGAGCACCUCGGCGAUGCAACAACCGCAACACAGUUCUUAGCCUCACUCUCCUCUCUCUUCGAUAACCACGAACAAACCAUCCUCCUCGUCCCACAGCAACAAGCUUCCCCCUACUCCUCUACACGCAAAUCGCCUUCAAAGAAAGACAUCCACCCCACCGCCAGACCCAGACUACACGCUCAAUCCCGCAGAAGCCAAAAUCUUGGAGCAUCCGCAGACUACCUCUCAACACUCAUGCCAGUCUGCCACAGCACAAACGAUACCUGCACCAGCACCACCAACGCCUGUUCCGGCCACGGCGUCUGCUAUCUCAAAUCCGCCGGCGUCAAGGACAAUGAUUGCUAUGCCUGCAAAUGCGACUCUGAAUGGGGUGGUCCCGCAUGCCAAAAGGUGGAUAUCAGCACGCAGUUCUUUCUCAUUGGAACGGUGAGUGUUCUUGCCAUCUUGGCUGUGGGUGGCGGAAUUGGGUUGUUGUUUAGUGUUGGACAGGAGGAGUUGCCCAGUGUUAUCAGUGCGGGUGUCAGCUCGGUGAAGACGAGGUAG